GUGUCGUCACCGUCAAAGAACGCCGAAAAAAAGUGAUUUUUAAAGACAACCAGGACAUUUGAUGGACUUGCGAGAAAGCCAGAAAGCGGGACACGAGGUCUAAAGCGGGACGUCUGGUCACCUUAGCUCUGCAGAAAGACGCGUGUACAUUUGAGCAGGGAAUAGAGAUUUGCAUAAACAUUUUUAGGAUAUAAAAGAUGAAGGAGAUGGUUGCAGUCUUUACAACAUCAAAAUUAAGAAUAUGCGCGACAUUCAAAAAAUCCCUCUUGAAGAAAAGUAAAAGAGAACGUCGGGAGCAGACAUUUAAAGGGAGAGAAAUCUUUUCUUCACAGUGGGAGACAAAUCUAGGGCACUAUACUUUUUUUUCCUAAUUUUGUGGUCAUCGAUCUUUUCUGGAUCUCUUAUUACUGGCCAUAGAAAACACAAAAAUUAACAUACACAAAACACUGCAAAAAAUAUUUUGCUCCUUUAGGUAAUCUUUCCAGAAAUUUUGUACUGACUGUACAGAUUGUGUUAGUGUCUUGGUCCUUGGCAUGUUCAUAAAAGGUCAUCACUUUCUGCAGGAAAUAUCCUGGCAAUUGUUUUCUUUUGCAGACACUUCAUGCAGUUGUCAGUUAUGCACAAGGCCGAAUUGACAAUGUGGACAAUUGAAAGUGUGCUUUUGCAUGAUCGUGUACAUGUAGGGGGUCAGAUGUAAAAUAUUCUCCUUUUAAUUUGAGAAGAAAAAAAAGCAAGAUCACAACAGGCAGGUUAUCUUUUUGUUGAAUAUGAAUGUUAGAUGUGUUUUUCUCUCUUCUGUGACAUUUCCAUUAAAGAACUAUUUAUGGAAAUCAGUGCAUAGAACUAGUAGUAGUUUCUGCAUUUGGAACAACAAAGGUGCACAGUUUGGAGCAUGCAACAGAUGGAUUGGAUCAACAAUCUCAACAAAUUAUUCACAUUUUGGAAGGCCACAUAUGCCAGCACGAUCCAUACCAGCAGAAAAACUGUGUUUUACAGAAGAAGUGAAAGAAGCAUUGACUUUAGGGAAGCCAGUAGUAGCACUAGAAAGUACAAUCAUUACUCAUGGCAUGCCAUAUCCAGAUAAUGCUCAAACAGCAAUUGCUGUGGAAAAUACAGUGAGAGAAAAUGGUGCCACCCCAGCUACAAUUGCAGUUUUAGCUGGACAUAUCAAUAUAGGUUUGUCAGAGGGUCAAAUUGAACAACUAGCCAGCAGCACAGCUAAUUCUGUGAAAAUCUCAAGAAGAGAUUUUCCAUGGGUUUUGAGUCAGGGUCUCAGUGGUGGAACAACAGUCUCAGGCACUAUGAUAGCUGCCUAUAUGGCUGGCAUACCUAUUUUUGCCACCGGUGGGAUAGGAGGUGUUCACAGAGGUGUAGAAGAAACCAUGGAUAUCAGUGCAGAUUUAAGGGAAUUAGGGCGCACACCUGUGGCAGUAGUUGCUGCUGGGGUGAAAUCUAUACUUGAUAUAAGUCGAACGCUGGAGUUCCUGGAAACUGAAGGGGUUUGUGUUGUGACUUAUGGACAGUCACGUGACUUUCCAGCAUUCUUUUCACCCAAGAGUGGUUGUCAGGCUCCAUACAAUAUAAACCAACCAGAAGAUGCUGCUAACAUGAUUGCUGCUAUUCAGCUUAUGAAGCUGGCCAGUGGGAUGCUGAUUGCUGUUCCCCUCCCAGAGAAGUUUGCAGUGUCUGGGGAGGCCAUAGAGACAGCCAUCCGGGAUGCAGUAAAAAAAGCAAAAGAAGCUGGCAUCUCAGGAAACAAUGUCACACCUUUCAUCCUGCAACAAGUGAAUCAGUUGACACAAGGAGCUUCACUGUUAGCCAAUAUUGAAUUAGUGAAGAACAAUGCUAAAGUUGCCAGUGAAAUAGCUGUUGCCUUGGCUUGCAAAAGGGAGACAGCUUUGAAUUGCUCCAUUCCACCUUUACCACAUAAAUCUACCAAUACUCAUAAAGUGGUUACCAAAGAUGCAGUAUCAUUAUCACCAGGAGCUGCUAAACCUGUGGUUGUAGGAGGAGCUGUUCUUGAUUUUUGUGCUAAAGUUGAAGAGAAUGAAAUCAAGAUGUCUGGAGCUACUUACCCAGGAAAGUUGUAUCAGAGUUUUGGAGGAGUGGGCUACAACAUUGCCAACUGCAUGAGCCGGCUGGGCAGCAAGCCACUGUUUGUGUCUGCCAUUGGAAACGACAUUCAUGCCUCCUCGUUGCUGUCUUACAGCACUCAUAUGGACAUGAGUGGUGUCAUACAGCUUAAAGGAUACUCCACACCAACAUACUGCCCAGUCCUUACUCAAAGUGGUCAACUUUUGUUUGGCAUAGGAGACAUGGAGAUCCAUUCACAAUUUACUCCUGAUAUGUUGAAAAAAUUCCAAGAUGCUAUUGCUUCUGCACCUCUGGUUUGUCUUGAUGGAAACUUCUCUGCCACAUUGAUAGAGCAGGUCUGUCAGCUUUGUGAAAAUGAAGGCACCCCAGUGUGGUUUGAUCCUACUGAUGUUCACAAGGCAACAAAGUUAUUCCAGACUCAUGCAUGGAAAAAACUGACAUACAUUUCACCAAACUUCAGUGAAGCAUGUCAUAUAUGGAGUGCACUAACAGGAAAAACUCCAGAGUUGCCGGCUGACCUCUCUGAAGAUGCUGUAGUGAAAACAGCAGCACAGUUUUGUCGGGAUUUGCUUCAGCAUAUUCCUGUCAUCAUAAUAACACUUGGCAGAUAUGGUUUGCUUCUUGCAGAAAGGCAUGCAAGCUUCCAGUCACUGAAGCUGUAUCCACCAUCACCUCCGGACAGUUUGACAGAAGUUCUUAGUGAAUCAGGAGCUGGUGACUGCUUAAACGGCACGAUGAUUCACUUCAUUAUUCAAGGAUAUGGUCUCGAUUUUUGUGUAAAGGCAGGCUUAAUGGCUGCUCAACAUUCACUGAGAUCAUAUGAUGCAGUCCCAAUUUCCAUUAACGAAGCCAAUUUUACACAUGAAAAAAUACAACAGUGGGCUCAUUUCCAGGCAGUAGAUAUUGUUUUGUAGAAUUUCAAUUUUUCUGAACUAUUUUCAUAAGGGACCAAUGAUUACAACACCAAGUCAUAUUUAUGGCAUUAUCUACUGUAAAUGUCAUCUCAUGCUGCAUAUUUUGGAUUCUCCCUCAACAGAUGCCCAUUCUGCAGCCUUUGUUUUUGGUGCCACUUCCCAUAAUCCU